AUGGUUUCAGUUAUGAAAAUUACAUUAUUAAGAUUAGUAAUAUUAGUAUGGGGAUUUAUAGAUUUUGGAGGAAUAACUUCUGGAUUAAAAAGUUUAAAAGAAGGGGCAACAAAUAAAUUUAAUGCAUUAAAAGAGGGUGCAAGUAGUGCAUUAAAUAAAGCCAAAGAAAGUGCAGGUAAUUUGCAACAAGGGUUAACUGAUAAAGCAAAUAGUUUAAAAGAAGGUAUAAAUGAUAAAGUAAAUUCAUUGGGUGAAAGUGCAAGUGGAAUGUUAGAUAGUGCUAAAGCUAAUUUAGCAGACGUAACAAAAUCCGCAAGUGAUUCUCUUAGUAAUACAGCCAAUGGAAUUUUAUUAUCAGGCAGGGAUAAAAUCAAUUCAGAUGAAAAUUUAGUAAAAGAAAAAACACAAAAUAUUAUUACUUCCCAAAUGGGAAAUGUUUUUCAUUCACCAUUUCCAACAAACAAUGUAAAUACAGAUGAAUUUAGAUUUAGUAAGAAUGAAUGUACUGAUUUGAAUGGUGAUAGCAUGACAGGAGAUUUAACAAAUAACUUUAUUGGAGCAAAUACAGAUGAUAAUGAUGUUCAUAUAAAACAAGAUAGUUAUUAUCUGUCAGUGAGAGGAGGAGAUUUAGAGUUUGUAGAUUUAAAAGCCUUUGCACAAAAAUUUACGAUAAGUCAAGGAAUGACAGAUGAAAAAACAAUUAGAAUUAAAAAUGGAAAUGAAGUAAUAAAUAGUACUUUUACAAGCCCAGUUGCACUAACAACAUACUUUGCAAUUGGAGCAGUUAAAAUAAUAAGAAUAAAUGAUGCAAUGUAUAAGAUUAUGAUAAAUGAUCAAUGUUUAUAUAGAGAAGGAAGUAAAUUAUUAAAAAGAAAUUGUUCAGAUGAAGUUGAGAAUAGCAGUGGUGAGUAUUUCUAUCUAACACAUCCUGAUGUAGAUCAAGUACUUAAACUUGACAAAUUUAAUGAUCCUUGUUUUUAUGAUAAAACACUUAACGGAAAGUUUACACUUCAUUAUGAAGGUAAAAAGUUAGUUAAUAGAAAUUUACUUCUUACAAGUAGACUUAAGUUUGAAAAUAAAUCACAAGGAACUGUAUUAACAACCGCACCAGUAACUAAAGAACAUUAUUAUUAUAUAAAAAACAAAAAGGGUGAAUUUUUAACAGGUGAAAAUCGUUAUGCCAAAUUCCAAAAAUUUGUUAAUUAUUUACAUAGUGUUUUUGAAAUUUCUAAACAUGGACAGAAUCAAAUAAAAAUACAGAAUAUUUAUAAUGGAAAAUGUUUAACUAAAGAAGAUAAUGAUUUGUUAAGUUUUCAAAAAUGUGAUGGAAAUUUAGUACAAUUAUUUGAAUAUUCUAAAAAAGGAAAUAAAUCAACAAAUGAAGAAUCAUUCUAUUUAUCAAGUAUAAUUGAACCUUCAUACUGGAGUAAAGGGUAUAGUACUAUUAAUGCAUCUGGCGAUUAUACAAAAGCACUUAAAUUUACAUUUCAAAAAACAUCUAAUGGAAUGUACAACAUUUAUUCUACUGUUGGAGGCAAGAAAAAAUAUUUAAUUUAUGAUAAUGAAGCAAUUGCUUUUGGUAAUUCACUUGAAAUGGUGGGAUGGAACUUAACAAUUGAAGGGAAUAAAGUAAGAUUUCAAACUCCUGAUCAGUCCAGUUGUAUAACAUUUGACAAUGAUAAUUUUAAAUUAACGGUUGCUGAAUGUAAUGAUGAUAUUACUCAAACAUUUGCUAUGGGUAAAGAUAUUUGGCAUUUGAUUGCAAUUCUAAAUAAGGAAUCUACUAGUUAA